AUGCUGGCCUCCAGAUUCUCCAGAGCUCUUCCCAGGGCAACCUCAGCAGCCUCGCGCUCUGCAGGUUUCCUGCGCGCUAGGACUGUCGCCCCUACCUUUGCCCGGUUCGAGUCAACCGGCUCUGAGGAGAAGGUUAAGGGUGCUGUCAUUGGUAUCGAUCUGGGUACCACCAACUCGGCCGUUGCCAUCAUGGAAGGCAAGGUCCCUAAGAUCAUCGAGAACUCAGAAGGUGCUCGUACUACCCCUUCAGUCGUCGCCUUCGCCGAGGAUGGUGAGCGGUUAGUCGGUGUCGCUGCCAAGCGCCAGGCUGUUGUCAACCCCGAGAACACUCUCUUCGCCACCAAGCGUUUGAUCGGACGCAAGUUCACCGAUGCUGAGGUCCAGCGCGACAUCAAGGAGGUCCCCUACAAGAUCGUCCAGCACACCAACGGCGAUGCCUGGGUUUCCGCCCGCGGCCAGAACUACUCUCCCUCCCAGAUCGGUGGCUUUGUCCUCAACAAGAUGAAGGAGACUGCCGAGGCUUACCUGAGCAAGCCCGUCAAGAACGCCGUUGUUACCGUCCCUGCCUACUUCAACGACUCUCAGCGUCAGGCCACCAAGGACGCCGGUCAGAUCUCUGGCCUCAACGUCCUCCGUGUCGUUAACGAGCCCACUGCUGCUGCUCUGGCCUACGGUCUUGAGAAGGAGGCUGACCGCGUUGUCGCUGUCUACGAUCUUGGCGGUGGUACCUUCGAUAUCUCUAUUCUCGAGAUCCAGAACGGUGUCUUCGAGGUCAAGUCCACCAACGGUGACACCCACCUUGGUGGUGAGGACUUCGAUAUCCGCCUGGUCCGCCACAUGGUUGAGCAGUUCAAGAAGGAGUCUUCCAUUGACCUGUCCAACGACCGCAUGGCCAUCCAGCGUAUCCGUGAGGCUGCUGAGAAGGCCAAGAUUGAGCUUUCUUCUUCCCUCCAGACCGAUAUCAACCUGCCUUUCAUCACCGCCGACGCUUCCGGCCCCAAGCACAUCAACAUCAAGAUGACCCGUGCUCAGCUCGAGAAGAUGGUCGACCCCCUCAUCACCCGCACCAUCGAGCCCGUUCGCAAGGCUCUUAAGGACGCCAACCUCCAGGCCAAGGACAUCCAGGAGGUCAUCCUGGUUGGUGGUAUGACCCGCAUGCCCAAGGUCUCCGAGUCGGUCAAGAGCAUCUUCGGCCGUGAUCCUGCCAAGUCUGUCAACCCCGACGAGGCCGUCGCCAUCGGUGCCGCCGUCCAGGGUGCCGUUCUCUCUGGCGAGGUCAAGGACCUGCUCCUGCUCGAUGUCACUCCUCUGUCCCUCGGUAUCGAGACCCUUGGUGGUGUCUUCACCCGCCUGAUCAACCGCAACACCACCAUCCCCACCAAGAAGUCCCAGGUCUUCUCCACCGCUGCCGACUUCCAGACUGCUGUUGAGAUCAAGGUCUACCAGGGUGAGCGUGAGCUCGUCAAGGACAACAAGCUCCUGGGCAACUUCCAGCUUGUUGGCAUCCCUCCUGCGCACCGUGGUGUGCCCCAGGUCGAGGUCACCUUCGACAUUGACGCUGACUCCAUUGUCCACGUCCAUGCCAAGGACAAGUCCACCAACAAGGACCAGUCCAUCACCAUUGCCUCUGGCUCUGGUCUCUCCGACUCCGAGAUCCAGCAGAUGGUUGAGGACUCUGAGAAGUAUGCCGAGGCCGACAAGGAGCGCAAGACCUCCAUCGAGGCCGCCAACCGCGCCGACAGCGUCCUGAACGAUACCGAGAAGGCCCUCAACGAGUACUCCGACAAGCUCGACAAGACCGAGGCUGACCAGAUCCGCGAGAAGAUCACCUCUCUGCGCGAGUUCAUCACCAAGAGCCAGGCUGGCGAGGGCACUGCCACCGCUGCCGACAUCAAGGAGAAGACCGACGAGCUCCAGGUUGCCAGCCUGAACCUCUUCGACAAGAUGCACAAGGCCCGUGCCGAGUCUGGUGAGAGCCAGUCCUCCACCUCGGAGCCCGGCGCCGAGGGCGAGAAGAAGGACGAGAGCAAGUAA